GUAUGGAAACUAGCUUGGCGUGUCAGCUCUGGAUGGGUGAGACUUCUGCACCCGAGCCAGAGGGGAUGAGGGCCGAACGAGGUCCUUCCCCUGGUGCUGUGCUUUGCCCUUCUGCUGAAGUCCAUCAAGCUCCAAGAGCCGGGUUUCAGCUGGCCUUUGUCUUUGCCAUCUGUACACCAGUGCCUCCCAGGAAAUAUAGCUUCAUCCUCCUGCUUUCUUGUUGAACCUGGAACUCAAGUGGAAGAUUCUUUCCUGGUGUCUUCUCUGCCUCUUUCGGACUGGUAGUGCUGGCAGUCCAGCUGGAGAAUGUGGUGCUGACUCUUAAGCACUUCUGAGGGCGAAGUGGGUCCUAAGCAGGAUGCAGCAGCCAGUGACUGGUGACAGGAGCACAGCCAUUCCCUCGCCACGUCCAUCUCAGGCCAGCUUUGAUGCUAGCUUGUACUACGCACGCCGGUGCAUCACUGAGGACCCCAGCUGGUCUCUUGUCACUGUCCCUCACCUCACUGAGCUCUGCCUCCAGCACAUCGUUCACAAUUUUGAAAAAAACCCUAUUUUGAACUAUCUUCUGCCUAAGCACCAAAGGAAGGUGCUGGACAGGCUCUCCACUGGCCUUCCACUUGCUGUGACUGCCAACCUAGUAAGCGAUGAGGAGUACUGGAAGAGGUGCUGUACUGAGCGCUGGCAACUGUGUGAUGUCUCCAACUAUGGAGACAGCUGGAAACGGAUGUUCUUUGAACGUCACCUGGAGAACAUCCUGAAAUGUUUCACCCCUAACACCACAGACCCCAAACAGGUCCUGGAGCUCAUCCCACUCUGCAAAGGCUAUGUGAGGAAACUGGAGAUUGAUCAGUUCCUGCCACCGGUGAAGGUGGAUCAAAAAGAGGAGAGGGAUGACCUCUCUGAUGCAGGGAGUGACUUUGAAUCUGGUGAGGCCUCUGUGCAACACUACGACCUGAAAGAUCUCAUUACUGCUCUCCCUCACCUUGAAGAGCUUCAUCUCACUUAUGGUGUGAAGGACUGUGGCAUGAACUUUGAGUGGAACCUCUUUAACUUCACCAACCAGGACUGCUGCAAUUUGGCUGCUGCUGUGAAGAUGUGCCACAACCUGAAAGUUUUCAAGCUGACACGAAGCAAUGUGGAUGAUGAAAAGACUAAGAUCCUGGCCCGUAACUUGCUGGAUCACCCCUGCUUGGUGGAGCUGAAUUUGUCCCAUAAUCUCAUCAGGGACAAGGGGGCACAAGCUCUUGGCAAGCUGAUCAGUCGCAGCAAAUUAGAAACCCUCGAUCUGUGCAACAACCAGAUCCAUCACCUGGGGGCUCAGGCUCUUGCUCAAGCCCUGGCUGAGAAGUCCACCCUGACCUCCCUGAAUCUGCGCCUCAACUGCGUGGAGGACAAAGGCGGGGAGGCGAUUGGGCAUGCCCUGCUGACCAACACCACCCUGAAGUCCAUCCAUCUGGGAAGUAAUAACCUGUCAGAGGCAACUGCUGCAGUGUUCUCCCAAGUCCUGGCUCAGAACACCACCCUGAGGAGCAUCAACUUUUCAUGCAACCAGCUGGGGCUGGAUGGUGGGAAGCAGCUGCUUGAAGGGCUGGCAGACAACAAGACUUUGACUGAGCUUGACCUCCGCCAGACAGAGGUGGACCAGGAGGCUGAGUACCUCAUUCACCAAAUUGUGUGGGCCAAUAGGGAAGCAGUGAGGCUGCAGCACACCACCACCAAGCCCCCCUGAAUAAAAUGCUCCAGAGCAAUGAGCUUGGGAGGCACAGUGUUAGAGAUACUUUACUUCAAAGUCUUGGUUUUAUUUGUAUUCCUGAGAAACACUUAAUCUUGUGGCUGCUAUCGCAACCUUUCCCAGGCCCCCAUCAUCCAACCUGUGGCUUAAUAGGAGACAGACGUAAGACCUCAAGGGGCUGUAGUGGCACCACAGAGCAAUCUGCGUCUUGAGCCCCCAGAUUAUAUUCCACUUCCUGUGGUGUUUCUAACGUGCCCCAGCAGCCAGCUUAAUUCAGGUAACUGUUCCACCUGUAAAGCAGCUGAGGUGAAGUCUCUGCCAUCUAAACAUAGUCCAGAGCUAACUUUCAGGACAGGCAGUUUUUUUAAGCAUUUUGCUGGGGAGGAUGUGAGAUGCAUAGGGGAUUGAGGGAAUGUUGUUUCUAGUUCCUUGGCAGCUUUUUCUGGAUACUGCCCUGCUCAAGAAUUUAUUUGUAUUUAUAGCAAAAUCUGUCUGGAGUCUGAUAUGGAUGGUGAAAAGCAGUAAGAAAUAAAUUCAAUAAAUUUUAGGUCUCACCA